AUGAGACUCUCCAGCAUUGCCUCCAUCAUGGCCCUCACGGUUGUUACCAUUGCCGCCCCUCUCGAAGCAAACCACAACAGCAAUGCCGUCAACCUCGCCAGUGACAGCUUGAACAGGAAUGCCGCUGAAGAAGCCGCUCCUAUGGCUAAAAGAGAAGGAGGAAAAGAAGGAGAAGGAGAUGAGGAUAAAGGAGUUCAUGGUGUUCUGUCGCUUGUUCCCACUCUUCUUAAGGGGAUUAAAUUCAACGAGCCUGCUCAUAGCUAG